AUGUCAGUGAGUUUAGUUCUAAACAGUUUAAUUAGUUUAGUUGUGUUAAUAUUAAAUGCUGUGCUAAAGUUAUAAUUUAACUGAAACAAGAGGAAUAGCAAAUAAGGACGAACAACCUUUUUCAUAGGCCAAUAUUUCUGAAUAAUAUGGCCUUAGUAUUCAAAACGCAAUGAUGUCGGCGACAGGCGUAGCGGCGCUAGUUGCAGCGCUUUUGCUAUGCCAGGCAUCUUGUUCACAACAUUAUGAUUCUUUAUGUGCAGGUACGAGAGAGCGAUAUUUAUCAGCUGUUGGAGAAGAGUCUUCCAUAGUUUUACCUUUAUCACCCAUCCAAAAUAUUCAAGGUGUUUCUACGAGUCAAUCUGGACCAUGCAGAGCCAGAAUCACAGCACCAGACUCUCAUGCCAUAGGCCUGCGUCUGGUGGGUACGAAGACUGAUACAAUGGUACAAAAACCAGGUUCACUUGGAAAGUCGUCUAGGAAUCAUCAUGGUUCACACCAAAAAGGUGGUAAUGGAACUUUGUUAGGAUGUCCACUGAGUGUGUAUCUUCCCGAAGAUCGCCAAUCACCAGUAUGGCGCUUUGAUCCAUGCCUCGGGGGAGCGCAAUCAGGGGCUUCCAAACUUCUGCCUGAUAGGGUUAGCAUAGCUUGGAGCCCCCCUGAAGAUGGAAGUCCUGUUCCUUUAGCUUUAGUAGCCACAGCUGUUGGAAACGAAGAACGACUUUGCCGCGAGAAAGGGAGACACGUUUGUGUUCAUAUUGGGCGUAAACCUUUACUUUGCAUUUCGGAUCAUUUAGUGUGUGACGGAAUAAAACAUUGUCCAUUAGGAAAUGAAGGCGAUGGUGAUGAAGAUCCUAGACUAUGUGAAAGAUCAGAGAAACCGAGACAAAAUACGUGGGACAUGAUAACAUUAGCAAUUUUAAGACGAUUAGCAAGCGCUCGACCAGCCCCGAUUGAACAUGUACCUCCUAAAGAUUUUGCAGUGCCGUCCAAAACAGAGAAAGAAAGCAAUGAAGCCAGUGGCGUCGAUAAAACUGUAAAAGAAUACCAAAUAUUUUCCGGUCUCUCGCAGUAUGGUCCUUGGGGCUUUUUGUUAAUAGGCGUUUUAAUUUGCGGGGUCAUGCUACUGAUUUGCGGACUUUGGGAGUGUUACUGCCGUCGACCUCAACAGCCUAGUCCGCCUCUGGUAGAUCCUUGUGCCUCAAUCUCUCCUGAUAAUCAUGUGGUAGCAAGUAAUUUAGAAAAUAUUAGUCCGCCUCUCUAUGAUGAAUUGGACACUCCACCAGCUUAUAAUAUCUUAUUUCCGCCGGAACAAAAAAGUAUACCUGUAGCAACAACCAGUGACCAGGGAACGAGUUCUGGUAAUAUUCCAGUGUAAAUGAAGAUUACUAUUAGUUUUUAUUUUGUUUUAAUGUGUAUCACAAAAAAACGAGUUUAUGGAUCUUAAGUCUUAUUAAUUGCUGAACUAAAUGAAUGAGAUGCCCUCCUGGUGCAUCUCAGUGAAUGUGAAGAUGAUGAACUUUAAAUAAUUGACGCUUUGACUUAGGUUUCAGGAACUUGCUUAAACUGUGAUUUCUUCUAUACUUAUUCAAGGAAGUUUAAAACUUAUCUUUGAAAACAAACAAGUUAAUUUAGCAUUAUUAUUUAGAAAUUUGAAUAUAUAUUUUAUGAAUUAUGGCAUGCUUCCAAUAUUCCGAUUAUAUUAGAAGGAUGCAAACCAUAAUUAAUAUUGUUAUUUUUGCAGGACUAUGAUAUAACUUAAUA